CAAUUAAUAAAUUAAUUUUGAAAUUUGGGGUUCAAUUAUUAAUUCAAAAUUAAUAAAAGAUUUUUUUUUUUUUUUUAUGUCACAUCCCCAAAUGGGCAUUUAAUAAAAUGCAGGCCCAGCCCCAUUUAUUAUGUCAAUUUCGCAACCCAUGGAAGUCCACAGCAGCAGCCCACAAAAGGAACAGGCCCAGCCUUUGAACACUGCAGCCCAACAACUCCUCUUGGCCCAAAACCCAAUUUUCAGCAGCAAGGGUUUGAGAAAAGGAUUUGCAGCAGCAGCUGCCGCCUCCUUUCUUGUCACCACGCCGCCGCCGCUCGAAGCCACGAUGCAGACGACGUCGCGCGACCUCGUAAGCGACGACGUCUCCAGACGCUUGCCUGCGUCCUCACCGUUUCUCGGCCAUUCCGGCGGAAGGAGCAUGAAGCUCCUCGUCGCCGUUUACAGCCGCGGAUCCGCCGCCUCCAGCGUGCAAGACCUCCACCGACAGUCGCCCUCCAUUUUUCGGACUCCAAGCCCGAGAUGGCGGGACUGCCACAGGGAUGCAGCGGCGCGUCGGCUUGAAGCAUAUGAUUGAGGGCCCGCAGAAAUGCCUUUCCAUGGGAGACUUUGUCAUUUCGUCCUCCACUUGCAAAAAUAAAGUAGACAAUCCAUUGGCUUUAUUGUAAAAGGAAAACAUAUGGUUGGUCAAUAAUGAAUAAUUUAUCUCUCAGUCUUCUAAACUAGCCCUGCUCUCUUUCAGCCAUUCUCCCAGCUUAGUUUAUCUUUAUCUGCAAAAAUCUAGUAGCAAAAACUUAACUGUGAUCACCAAAGAUGGCUUAUGCUGCUCUUCUUUCCCUCGCCCGAACCACUAGAGAAAUAAUCUUGGAUCAAGAUAGAUAUUCCAUUUCUCGUAAUAAAAAACAACAAAUUCGAUCUAUCUAUGAACCAUUUAUUUUCUUGCAAGAGUUUCUUGAAGAUUUUCCCGAGAAAGCCAACAUCUUGGAUGGGCAAAUCAGAGAUUUAGCAUAUGAAGCAGAGCAUAUUAUUGAGUCUUUCAUAUUGGUGGAAGCUCCGUCACAUUGGUGGAAUGUUUUAGCUGCCAAAUCAAAGCUAAAAUGGCAAAUAAGAAAGAUAAGAAAAGAAACAAAGUCAAUCACAAGAGAGGUGAUGAUCAUCAAGAAUAACAGUGCAGUUGCAGUACAACUUGGUGCUUCUUCUUCCGCAGCAGCAGGUUCACCAUCCAGAUCUGCUCCGAUCAUCAAGAUUGGCUAUAUGGUUGGUUUACAUGAAGAUUUGCUAACAAUAAAAUCUCGACUCUGUGGAGAAUCGCCAAAUUUAGAAGUUAUCCCAAUCGUUGGGAUGGGAGGUAUAGGAAAAACUACUCUUGCAAAGUGUGUUUACGACGACCCACUAACAGUGCAGCGGUUCGAUAUUCGUGUUUGGGUCACAGUAUCACAGGACUACAAUGCAGAUGUAGUUUUAUCAGCCCUCCUAGCUUCCAUGGAAGAGUUUGAUAAAGAUAGAUCCAAGGAGAGCAAUCAAUUGGCUGGGGAAAAAGUGUUCAAGAUCUUGAAAGGCAGGAGAUAUCUCCUUGUAAUGGAUGAUAUUUGGAGCACAGAUGCUUGGGAUGAUGUAAGACUUAUACUUCCCGAAGAUGGGAAUGGAAGCCGAAUCAUAUUAACGACAAGAGAAACUGAUAUGGCUGCUUAUGCCUGUCGUUUGAGCUGUCCCCACAAGAUGCGUUUCAUGGAUGAGGCUCAGAGUUGGAAGCUACUUCAGCAUAAGGUGUUUGCACAUCAAGAUUGCCCUCCGGAGUUGGAGAACAUUGGAAAGGAGAUCGCGAGAAGCUGCAAAGGGCUGCCACUCGCAAUCGUGGUGGUUGCAGGGCUCCUAUCAGCGGUUAGCACCAAUGUAGCUUCAUGGAGCGAAAUUGCACGAAAUGUAAAUUCAGUUACUAUAGGAGGAGGACAAUUUGAAAAUAUAUUGUCUUUCAGUUACACUCACUUGCCUCAUUAUCUGAGGCCAUGUUUCUUGUACAUGGGAAUGUUUCCGGAGGAUUGUGAGGUCCGUGUCUCAAAACUCACCAAAUUAUGGGUAGCUGAGGGAUUCUUGAGACGUCUGAACAUAUCUAAAACCUUCGAAGAAGAGGCUGAAGAUUUUUUGGAGGAUCUUGUCAAGAGAAAUCUUGUUUUGGUUACCAAGAGAAAGUGCGAUGGCAGGAUCAAAAGUUGUAGCCUCCAUGAUCUUAUGCGAGAUUUGUGCAUAAGAAAAGCGCAUGAAGAGAAGUUUCUUGUGAACUUCAGGUGCUGGCUUUCAGUAAAGGGCAGAAAAAAUCAGCGUCGUGUAAGUUUUACUCCUUCGGGUUUACCAUACCUCUCAGAACUUUAUGGCUUAACCAUCCAUACGAUUUUGUGCUUCCAUGGCAUCUCUGUAGCAAACAUGUUGGAAGGUUUUAGAUUGCUAAGGGUAUUGGAUGCAGGAGAUGUUUAUGUGAGAUCACUACCAGAUAACCUAUUUGACCUAUUUUAUCUAGCAUACCUUGCUAUCUGCUAUCUUGGAAGGAUACCUACAGCCAUUUCAAAGCUUCAUAAUCUUGAAACUUUAAGCCUUCGCGCAAAGAAUGAUUGGAUGAACUUUAUUACAUCGAAUUCAUUCUAUUUGCCUCUGGAGAUUUGGAGGAUGCCAAGAUGGAGACAUCUUGUCUUCUAUGGCAAGUUACCAAAUCCAGAAGGAAUAACAACUUCUAGUAUAGAAAACCUCCAAACACUCUCUAUAGUGUCACAUACCAUGUGUAGUGAAAGGAUCUUGAGAAGAAAUCUAAAGAAAAUGAAGUAGUUUGACUUUUUCGGAUCAGAAGCAUCGGUAGUAAGGCGAGUACGUAUUUGUCAUGCAAAAAGAUUUGUGCUCAUGUCAAAUUAUGACACUAAUAUGUAAUUUAAUUUCUUGGAUGAUCAGCUUCUCAACCAUGUUAGAGCUUUGCAAACAAUGAAACAACAUUUAUGAGUGUAUAGUAGUUGUUGCUAACCUUAAUUAUGCAUACAUAGUUGCGCGUAAUGUUGAGCACCCAACGAGGUGGACUCAAAACUUCCCUAGUUAGCUUGGGGAUAUUGAUAGCUUUCUGU